AUGGGUGAUGGGGGCAUACCUUUUCAGACGUUUUUCAUGGGCUAUGGUGCUGAAAACCUCACAAUGGACCUGCGUUCGAAGCUAUUCUCGAACAUUCUCUCACAAGACAUGGGUUAUUUCGAUUCUUCACUCCAUGCUUGUGGAAAGAUUUGUACGCGAUUAGCUACCGAUGUGCCCAAUUUACGUUCGGCGAUCGAUUUCCGUUUGAGUACCGUAAUCAUGACGUGUAUUUCGAUUGAUUGCUGUAUUGUGUUGGCGUUCUACUAUGGAUGGCAAAUGGCAUUACUUGUGGUCGGAAUCCUUCCAUUGCUUGGCUUCGGACAAGCUUUGCGAGUUCGCGUGAUGAGUGGCAAGCAUCGUAAGAAUGCGAAGGAUUUCGAGGAUUCCGGCAAGGUAGCUAUGGAAGCAAUCGAGCAUGUACGCACAGUUCAAGCGCUUACUAAGGAGGAAGCAUUCCACCAAAAAUUCUGCGAUUAUCUCGACGCACCGCACCAUGACGCGCUCCGCGAGUCGUUCAUUCAAGGAAUUGCCUAUGGGUGA